CAUGGGCGCGGGCGUGCUGGCGGUGGUGCAGGUCGGGGUUGUGGACGUGAAUGACCACGCCCCCGCCUUCCCUGAGGGGGGCUGACGGCGGAGGUGGUGGAGGAGGCGGCCGCUCAUCUCCCAGCUACGGUGAUGAAGGUGGAGGCGACGGACGAGGACGCGGUGGAUAGAGGCGGGCUGGUGUACAGUCUGUCCGAGGCGUCCACUCCUGGCCUCUCCCUGCCCUUCUCCAUCAACCCUCACACCGGCCACCUCCUGCAGCUCAGGGCUGUGAAUAGAGACCCUCCUGACGGGCGCGCGGUGUGGCGGGUGAGGGUGCAGGUGAGAGAUGGCCAGCGAGUGUCGCCCUCCCUCAUUGCAGCAGCGGACAGGGCCACGCGACACCGCCCACGCGCCGCCCCUCACCCACGCCCACAGGAGACAACACAGAAGGAGACGCAGAAGGAGGAGGAGGAGGAGAGAGGCCACCCUUUCCCUGGCGUGUAUUUCAAGUGGCGGAGUGACCAGUCUUCAGAAAUCAUCCCAUUUUUGUCCCGAGGGAGCGGCCUGGAGGAGGAGGAGAAGGAGGUGGAGGAGGAGGAGGAGGAGGAGGAGGAGGCGAAGGAGAGGAGACAGGAAGCUGACGGCCGUAACUCCCGGAGGACGCAGGCGGGAGAGAGUGGCGGGAGGCUGACGGCGAGAAAGAAGAGGAAGAGAGGAGGGGAGUUUAUGCCCAAAAGCAGGAGGACGACGAAGAGGAGGACGAGGGAAGACGCGAGGCAAGGAAGAGGCGAGGCGGAUGGAGCCAGGCCAGAAAUAAGACGGGAUAAACAAGACAGGGAUAGCGUCAGGUUGUCAAAAGCCCUUCCCGCGAGAGUGAAGGACGACGCUGGAGUGGAGGCUGCAGUGAUGGGGCGGAGGAGGAUGAGGGAGGCCCCAUACUUCCCUAGUGGCAGAACAAGAACCCAUCAUGUCCCACUUAGAAGACAGACACGGCAGAUAAACAUUGACAAGCAUAAAUGUACCCCGCACUCAACACACAGAGGUACACGCAACACAAAACACCCCAAACACCUCGAAAAGACAGGACCCUUUUUUCAUAUGAACCGCAAACUCCAUCACCCUUAUACAAACCGAACCGUUAACCGUAGGGGCCCCCGAUGUGGUUACAGAGACACGGGAACACACUGUCAUUCCUCAUGCUUCGCAACUUCAAGAUUGGCAGGGCGAGGCGCGAAGUUGGCACGAAAUAGACACAAAGAUUUUCCUCGUUUGCAUUCGCCCAUUGCCCACAUAUCAUCGAAGGAGAGAAGAGAAGGGUUAAGAGGAGGAGUAGGGGGAAAAUGGGUUGCUGAAAUAUUAGAGAAAAGAAGACAGAAGAGAGACGAGACAGGCAGUGGUGGUGGUGAUACAAACAAGGCACCGGAGCUUUUCCCACCGCUGCCACCAAUUGUAACGGAGACAGAAAAUGCAGAAAAAUGGACAGAAAUGCAGGAAAUGAAAAGUGAUGAUAACUACAACUACUCAGACGGACAAACCAUCACCACCACCGCCACCACGCACCACCACCACCACAAACCAACAGAAAACGGAACGAACACGCAAGAAGCGGAGCAUAACCACCACUACCAUAAGCAAAACCACUCGGACAGCAAAACCACCACCACAACAACCAAGACCAGCUACCACAACCCCAACACAACCACAGAAAACGCAGCCACGACCACAAAAACCGAAAAUACACCACCUAAACCACAAUUACGAGAAAAACGCAACACAAACACAAACAUGAAAAACAAACCUGUGUACGUGCGCCAAUACAAAUCAAUGAACGGGCGGUGUGACACAUACAAUACGUUUUCAGUGCAAGAAGAAAACGGAAGUACGAGAGAAAACGGCGUAGGGGGAACUGAGGAAAAGGAUGAGGAGGCAGUAAGAACAGAGAUGGAGUGGAGAAGGAGAAUAGAGGACAUGAUGAUGGAGAUGAGGAGAGAGGAGGUGCAUGUGGUGGAGACUGUGGUGGACGUGGUGGUGAAGGACGUGAAUGACAACGCCCCUGUCUUUCCUAAUGCCACGAUGUACGGGGAGGUGCAGGAGAACGGCCCGAUAAACCUAUCAGCAGGCGUCGUGUGGGCCUGGGACGCGGACGAGCAGGGCAGCAGUCACGCCUUGAUUACCUACAGUAUUGAAAAGAAUGUUAUGGAUGAGAGGACAGGAGAAAGUAUAUUUGUAAUCCACCCACAGACAGGCCUUAUCCACACGGCUCUCUGUUGCCUAGACAGGGAGACCACGCCCUUAUACGAGAUUCAAGUGGUGGCGCAGGACGGUGGUGGUCUGAAAGGCACGGGGACGGUGGUGGUGAGGCUGGCGGACGUCAAUGACAACUCUCCACGCCUGGCCCGGGACGUGUGGGCGGUGGAGGUGGAUGAGACGUGGGGGGAGGCGCCACCUGACAACACCACUUUGCUUCAGAUCACCGCUGCAGACAAGGACACCUCUAACUACUUCUACUACAGGGUGGUGGAGGGCAGCGGGUGGGGGUGGCGGCACUUCGGGAUAAGAACGGUGGGCGCCGCAGGACACCUACACGCCCUUGCCACCUUAGAUUAUGAGAAUGCUGCGCAGAGGGACGGCUUUCGCUUCAUGGUUCAAGUCACGGAUAGGGGGCGCGGGGGAUGGGGAGACGCGCGCCACACGGACACGGCGUGGGUGGAGGUGCGGCUGAGGGACGUCAACGAUAACGCCCCUGAGUUCCCACGCCCGCACGCCCACGUCACGGUAAGGGAGGAUGCAUCGCCGGGCACCCUCGUCACCGCCCUGGCUGCUACAGAUCCGGACGAGGGCGGACUGCAGGGCGUAUCCUACAAGGUGCAGGGAGGCUGGGGGGCCCUCCGCGUGGACCCUGGUGGGGGCGUGAGGCUCUGGCGGGCGCUGGACAGAGAGGCUGCGGGCGGGGCUGUGGGCGUGGCGAGAAUAGUGGCAAUAGAUACAGGAGAACCACCCUUAUCAUCGACUUCCACCUUAACUAUCACUGUGACGGAUGUAAAUGACUGCCCCCCACGUCUGCUGCCCCCCACAAGGUUGUACGUGAGGGAAGGCGCCCCCACGUCUCUCCUGGGGGUGCUGAGGGCCACGGAUGAUGACCUCUGGCAGCUUGGUCACGGCCCGCCCUUCUCUUUCGCCCUGUCUCCCUCCAACCCUGAAUUCGUGAGGGAAGCUUUGACGCUGAAACAAAGGAAAGAUCUGGACAGCGGGCGUGGAGGGGCGGAGGUGUGGAACCGGAUGGAGCUGGACAGGGAGGAGAGAGCGGAGGUGACGGUGGAGGUGGUGGUGGGUGACGCGGGGGGGCGGGUUGCCUCCUACCCCGUUACAGUUGUGGUUGAGGACGUAAAUGAUAACCCAAUGAAACCAGGCAGGAAGGUGGUCAGGGUGUGGAAGGUGCAGGGCGGGGGCGCGGACGUUGCACUAGGGCGCGUCUACGUCGAGGACCCCGAUGACUGGGACCUCGAGGAUAAGUCUUUCAAGUGGGCAGGACCCCCUCACCCCCUGUUCACCCUGCAGGAGGACACAGGAAAUAUAUUUGGGUCUUCACAGCUGAGGGAGAGACGGUACGAGCUGCACUUCCUGGCGAGUGACCGGCUGUGGGGACAGAAGGACGUGCCUGCCAACGUGACAGUCGAGGUCACCCACUUGUCAUCUGAGAGCCUGACCAGCGCCGUGCCUCUCACUCUCUCCCCCAUCUCCCCAGCCGCUCUCACCGCAGCCUGGACCCCGCAGGCUGGAGGAGGUGGCCUGGGUACCUUAUCAGAGGCCGUAAGGGAGGUAGUGGGCGGCGCUAAGGUACAGGUCCUUAUCGUGAGUGUCUACGGAAGCUCCCCCACGCCCAUGUCCCACGCCCACGAUCCUCCAGAAGACCCGCCUAUCCCUGUGUCGUGGGUUUGGGUGUGUGCAAAGGAAGCGUCCGAAGGAAGUUUCAUGAAUCCUGUGAAGUUACGUGGGUUGUUGUCACUGCAUCAAGAUAAGUUAGAAAGAGUGAUGAAUCUGAGGGUGCUGGUGGGGGACGCCUCGCCCCCCUCCUCCCCCUCCACGGCCCCCUUGCAUCCCCCCUCCCUCGCCUCCAUGGUGCUGCCCCUCCAGGUGGUGGAUACGAAUGUGACCUCCCUGGUGACCCCGCGCUUGAGUCACGCCCCUGCCUGCCCCCCACGCGACCCACACCGCCUGGAGGGGGACUCCUGCACCCCCACCUCCUGCCUGAAUGGCGGGAGAUGUUUCAUGGGAAAGAGGUGUCUGUGCCCUGUGGGGUCUUCCGGUCCUCGCUGCAAGGUCCUCGCCAGGUCCUUCCAUGGGCGGGGUUGGGUGUGGGUGCGUCCCCCCGCCCCCUGCCUCCCCACCACCCUCUCCCUCCGCCUCCUCCCCCUCCGCCCUGACGCCCUCCUCCUCUACUCCGGCCCCCUCUCCCCCUCCUCCCCACAGCGCUACCCCCCGCCCCCCUCCUAGUGGUGCAGGUGGUGAGGGGGCGCCCCCAGGUGGUGGUGGAGGGGGGCGCGGCUCCCUCAAGGUGGAAGUGAACGUGACUCUCGCGACACACACCUGGCACACGCUACACCUGCAUGUGGAGGCGCAGGGCAUCGUGCUGGCCGUGGAGGAGUGUGGGGAGGGGGAAGCAGGCGCGACGCCCCCCACCCACCCCUGCCUGGCCAGAGCGCGGUGGGGGCGGCAGGGGGGACGGGGGGUGGGUGGCUGGACUACUGGGGACCCAUUGCAGGUUGGGGGAUUGGCACACGCCCCCCCACACCCCCAGGACCAUGGGUGGAGCGGCGCCCCCCUUGCCCCUCCACUGCACGGCUGUCUGUCGCACCUCAAAGUGAAUGGAGAGCUCGUGGACUUGGGCGAGGUGGCACACAGCAGCGGCACCACGCGCGGCUGUCACGUGCAAGAGGGCGCGUGCGGCAGUGAUAACCCGUGUGGGCGGCGAGGGCGGUGCGUGGGCGGGAUGGGCGCGCCGUAUUGUGAGUGCGAGGCAGGGUGGGCGGAUGUGUGGGCGGGGGUGUCCUGUUCCACCCCCACCCCGCCCAUCACCCUCACCCCUUCCUCAUUCAUCAGCUUGUCCCUCCCCCACGCCCCUCACCCUUACAG